CCAUGGUUUCACCCUCUACUAGUGCUUCUUCUGCGUUCAGCUGCUGUGACAAUAUGCAUCGUCUGGAGGAGAAAAUCUCGAUAGAGGCACUCAAAAAGUUGGCCUGCAAGCACGCACAGUCCCCUUCCGCUCACGUCCAAACACCGGCAAUGCAAGGCUCCUUUAACCUCGUCUACGUUAUCACUUUUCCUGAUGGUAGGAAAUGGGUAGCCAGAAUUCCAGAGCCGUCUUUCACUGACUCCCAAAAAAUCGAGAGCAUGAUAGGGACCAUGCGGUUGAUCUCGGACAUGACCUCCCUUCCUCUACCUAUCGUCCACGCCUAUGAUAGCUCCCCAAACAAUAGCCUUGGUUAUGCCUAUAUGUUUACCAGCUUCAUAGAGGGCAUCUGCCUGAUAGAUAUAUGGACCAAACCGGGCGCUCUCACUGAUGCCAACCGUCGCCAUUUUUUCCAGCAGAUAGCUAACUCAAUGGCCCAGCUUCACGUGCUCGAAUUCUCUGGCUCUGACCUCUCGUAUACGAUCGGACCUUUGCGCAAAAUCGAAGAAGGCAAGGUUGUUCAUGAAAUCGGACCCUUCCCCACUGCCCUUUCUUACAUUAAUGAACUCGCCUCAUCUCUUGCCGAUAAACAUAGUGAACCUCCAUCUGAGUACGCGCACUAUUCUGUUCUUCGUCUACUCUCCCUCUUUCUCCCCAAUAAACGUUUUGACGGACCUCCAUUCGUCCUAUCGCCGCCUGACUUCGACUCGCAGAAUUCACAAACACACGAAAAAGAUUCCAACCAGCCUAUACCGAAAAGCGAUGAACCUGUAGAGAAUUCUUCUUCUUGUGAAGAGCCUCCUGAGGUGCUUCAGAGCCACAGGAACCUCUAUCUCGCUAUUUACUCUGACAUAGAUCCUAUUGGUGCAGAGGUCACCCGUAAUUCCUAUGUUUUCGAAGCCGUUGUUAUCGCACUCACGCAUCCAGAGCUAUCAGCUGAAAUUUUGUUGAAAUUUAUCGGCCAUGUUUUCAAGAAGAGGUGGGUGGGCAUGGGAGACUUAUUGCUUGGAAUUGAAGCGGGAGACUGGCUUACCAGUAUGCGUAGAGAUCUUGGAGUUCAUUCAUCGUCAAAUGAAUCAUAG